AUGUCUGACUACGAAGAAGCUUUCAAUGAAGGUAAUGAACAUUUUGAAGAUUUUGAAGUGGAGCACUUUUCUGAUGAAGAGAAUUUUGAUGACAAUGAAGCCAUAAAUAAUAACAACAAUAAUAAUAAUAAUGAAAAUAAUAAUGCCACAGUGGAUGGUGGCUUAAAAGAUGAAAAUGGGAAUACAAUCAUUACAAGUGGAUUCAACGACGAAUACCAAUCUACUAGAAAGAAGACUUUGAAAGAAAAAGCUAUUGCCAAAGAAGACAGAACCACCACACCAUACAUGACAAAAUAUGAAAGAGCAAGAAUCCUAGGUACUAGAGCUCUACAGAUUUCUAUGAACGCACCUGUUUUUGUAGAUUUAGAAGGCGAAACAGAUCCUCUAAGGAUUGCCAUGAAAGAAUUAGCUGAAAAGAAAAUCCCACUAGUCAUCAGAAGAUAUUUACCAGAUGGUUCUUUUGAAGAUUGGAGUGUUGAAGAAUUAAUUGUUGAUUUAUGA